UCUGUCUUUUCUCUGUACUCAGGUAGAGACCUGCUCACUGACCCAGGAAAUGAUGGAGCAGGGUCUGUCUUUGCUCUGUCGCACAGGAAAUGGUCUGUCUCACGCCUUUGUAAAGCUGGAUCUUAAGGACAGACGUCUGACAGACCUCACUCUGCUCAGUUCCUUUGUCCACCUGAGAUUUCUGGACAUUUCAUCCAACCACGUGUCAGACCUGUCCCCUCUCACUGCCCUCACUCAGCUUCUGUGGCUGAAGGGCGAUGGGAAUCUGAUCCGGAGCCUUGCAGGUCAGCCCCUGGGCCAGCUGGCCUACCUGCAGUGGCUCAGCCUCGCCCUCAAUCGCAUCUGUGACCUGGAUGGUCUGGGAGGACCUUCUCUGGAGAGCAUAAACCUCAUUGGUAAUGGCAUCCAGCGUGUGACAGGGCUGGAGUACGGCCGGCUCACCAAUCUGGUCACUCUGGAGUUGAGAGGAAAUCAACUGGAGAGUACAGAUGGCAUCUAUCUACCCAACCUACUCAAACUUUACCUGGCCCAGAAUGGAAUCAAGCGUCUGGAAGGUCUGGAUAGAUUGGAGCACCUCACUACCCUUCACCUAAGAGACAACCAGCUGGAGACACUGGAUGGCAUUUGUUCCAGUAUGAAGGCCUUGCAGUACCUAAACAUGAGGGGUAACCGGGUGUCUUCUCCACGAGCCCUGGCCAGCCUGGAUGAGGUGGCGAGCACCCUGAAGACGCUGGUGCUGGCGGAAAACCCGCUAGCGGAGAUCGAGGACUACCGCCUGUUUGUGCUGUCCCGCUUGCCCACGCUGGAGAGGCUGGACAAGGAGCAGGUCUCUGCUGAAGAGAGAGAAGAGGCCAGGGAGAGACACGGGGAAUUUGAAAAUGAAGAUCUAGAACACGAUGAGGUGUAACCCCGGUGAUACUGGGUGCCUGAUACACCCUGUGUCUACAGCUCUGAUUCCACAGGGCCCGUCACCCACCAUGGCUUAUAUGUCUAAAAAUGAACAGGGAACUCCGAGUGAGCAGCAUGGGAUUUGUGUUGAUUAUUGGUUCAAACUUACCAACUACCUGGAGUAAACACCUGGAGAAGGUCAUUGCACGGAUGGUCAUAAUUGUUAAGUACACUUCUUUAGAACAUAUUAAUGGUACAGGUGCUCUGUCCCUUCUAUUCAAAACAAUCCUUGGUUUUAUUGGGGUGCCCCAUGCUGUCCUGUUUGAUUAUGUAUUGAGAGCAUGAAGUGCUAAAAUCAUGCUUUUUUCAGUUAAAAUAGCUGUUAAAUACAAACCUUCCCUAUAAAGACAUUUACAAGUCUUGGCACUCAUCUGUCUUGAAGGGUUUCACACUUUCAAACCAUCUAAAAUGUUCAGGCAAAACGAGGGUUUUUCCAUUAAAUGAUCUGCAGUUUCCACUUUGCAUUAGUCUGUGGAUAUUGUGCUAGCCAUGAACUGAAGUUCACAUUCUGUUUCACAUUCCUUGUGUCAUCAAAUAAUGUGAAAUUAUGCACGUAAUAUAGAAUAUAGCUAAGAUUUUGGAAAAUACAGGAUGUUGUACUGUUUCAUCUCACAGUUAAAUAUAUUUGAUGGUAAGAUACUGAUCAGUUAUAUAAAAACUAUUAGAUUUUAUAAGGCUGUGAAGACUCGUCUGGGUCACUUGUGGAAAAAUAAAACGCUGAUCCAGUUUUCCAGA